GAUCUGAGGAUUGUUAUGUUGGGAAUGACUGGAGCUGGAAAGAGCGCAACUGGAAACAGCAUCCUGGGAAAAGAUGAGUUUGAAGUGGAUUUCAAUCCAGAGUCAGUUACUCAACAGUCUAAGAAAAAAGAGGUAAAAAAAGAUGGAAGACUCAUAACAAUAAUCGACACUCCAGGCCUCCAGGAUUCAAAAAGGAAGUUUAAUGAAGUACACGCUGAAAUAAAGAAGUGUAUGGUCAUUUCCUCUCCUGGUCCUAAUGUGUUCCUGCUGGUCAUCAGACUGGACGAAAGAUACACUGAGGAAAAGAUGAACACAGUGAAAUGGAUUCGGGAGAACUUUGGAGAAGAAGCUGCUCGUCACACCAUCGUUCUCUUCACUCACGCUGAUUCACUGAGGAAGAAACCACUGGAAGAUCAUAUAAAAGACAGUCCUGAUCUACGACACUUAAUAAUCAGCUGUGGUGGCAGAUAUCACGCAGUCAACAAUGAGGACAAAAAGAAUAAAGCUCAAGUCGAUCAGCUGCUGUUCAAGAUGGAUGAAAUGGUGCUUAAAAAUGAAGGGAAGCACUACACUAAUGUGAUGUACCGUAAAGCCCAGGCAAUGCUUUCCAAAAGUUACUGGAAGAUAGCAGUUGCUGUAGUACUAGUAGCAGUGAUAUAA